AUGGGCUGCCCGCGGCGCCUGUUCGCGGCCGCGGCCCUGUGGCUGGUGACGUCGUCCCAGCGCGCGCGGCCGCGCCGCGACCUCGGCGCGUCGAGCGCCGCGACGUCCGGUCAGCGCUACAAACCGCAGCGCGUGGCGACCUACGCCGGGCCGCGCCUCGGCGACACGGUGAACCGGAGCGCGUCGCCGCUGCCGCGGCCCUGGUCGGCCUGCGAGCGCUGCGGCGUCGUGACGACGAUCAAUCCGCCGAGCGAGGCGAUCCUGCGCGUGGGCAACGCGUCGGGCUGGUGCCUCGUCGUCGUCGGCGACCGGAAGACCGCCGACGGCCCUUACGAGGCGCUCGCGGCCGCGGCGCCGGCGACCGUCGCGUACCUGAGCGCCGCGGCGCAGGAGACCCUGCCCUACGGCCUCGCGAGCGCGACGCCCUGGGACCACUUCGCGCGCAAGAACCUGGGCUACCUCUACGCCAUCCACGCGGGCGCGGCGACGAUCUUUGACUUCGACGACGACAACGUGCUCCUCGGCGCGCCGCCGGCCUCGGCCGGUGCGGCGGCGCGGGCGUCGGACCCGCGCCUCGCGGCGCCCGACGCGCCCGACGCCGGGAGCGCCUUCUUCAACGCCUACGCGGCGUCGUUCGGCGCGGAGAAGGCGUGGCCCCGGGGAUUACCGUUGGACGCGAUCAACGGCCCCGCGGCCGCGGCCGCGGCCGACGACCCGCGCGCGGCCGACGACGUCGUCGUCGCCCAGCUCCUCGCGAACCACGACCCGGACGUCGACGCCAUCUACCGCCUCGGGCCCCGCGCGGCGCUGCCGCUGCCCUUCGACUUCCCCUCGUCCCACGGCCGCGGCGUCGUCCUCGACGGCGGCGCCGUCUGCCCCUUCAACGCCCAGGCGACCUUGUUCGACCGGGCCGCCUUCUGGGCGCUGCUCCUGCCCGCGUCCGUCCACGGCCGCGUCGCCGACAUCUGGCGCGGCUUCGUCGCGCAGCGCGUGCUCCGGGCCGCGGGGCUCCGGCUCGCGUUCCUGCCGCCGGGCGUGACCCAGCUCCGCAACGACCACGACGCCCUCGCCGACUACAUGAGCGAGCGGCCCUUGUACGAGAAGGCCGACGCCGUCGUCCGCGUGCUCGACGGCGUCGCGCCGCACCGGCCGGGCGGCUCCGUCGCGCGCGCGGUCGAGGACGCCUACGUCGCCCUCUACGAGCACGGCCUCGUCGCCCUCGACGACGUCGCCUACGCCCAGCUCUGGCUCGCGGACCUCUACGCCGUCGGCCUCGCGCUCCCGAAGCUCCGGCGCCACAAGGCCCGGACGCCGGGCGCGACGACGGCGGCGGCGCGUGCGCCCUCGAGGCCGUCUCCGAGCUCUACCGCGGCGGCGACGGCGACACCGCCUGCGCGGCAGUAG